GGGCGGGCGGCGCGGCGGUCUCGCGAGGGGGCGCGUGGCGGCGUGCUGCGCGCGGGGGCCGCGCUGGGGGCCGGCGGCGGAGGCGCGGGCCGGGCCGGGCCGAGCUGAGAACCGGCGUAGAACGGGCAGCCGUGCAGAAGCCAUGGGUUUGUCGGCCUCCGCUCCGGCUGCUGCGGGCCAACCGCUGAGUGCGCCCCAGCACCGUCAGGUGGCAUCUCCACCGUCGGAGUGUCCAAUGCACCAGGAAAAAAUGAGCGGUUGUCCAAUGCACAUGAAGACUCCUGAUCAUAGAACUGAGAACACAGACGAUGUUCCUGCACAUCAAGAAAGAGCGUAUGAAUUUGUGGCGUGUCCGGUGAAGUCUGGUGCAUCUGAAAUGAAAGAUGACAUAGAUCCUAGCAAUAUGAUGCCACCUCCUAAUCAGCAGCCAUCUCCAGGUCAACCAUUUCCAUUGUCAACUGUUAGAGAAGAAUCUUCCAUUCCUAGAGCACAUUCUGACAAGAAAUGGGUCUACCCUUCAGAGCAAAUGUUCUGGAAUGCUAUGUUGAGAAAAGGGUGGAGGUGGAAAGAUGAUGACAUAACAAGUGAAGACAUGACCAACAUUAUUAAGAUUCACAAUCAAAAUAACGAGCAAGCUUGGAAGGAGAUUUUGAAGUGGGAAGCUCUUCACGCUGGGGAAUGUCCCUGUGGACCAUCACUGAUGCGGUUUGGAGGCAAAGCAAAGGAGUAUUCACCAAGAGCCAGAAUACGUUCAUGGAUGGGAUAUGAACUUCCCUUCGACAGACAUGACUGGAUUGUUGACCGAUGUGGGAAAGAAGUGCGGUAUGUUAUUGAUUACUAUGACGGUGGAGCAGUAGAUAAGAACUACCAGUUCACUGUCCUGGAUGUUCGCCCUGCAUUUGACUCUCUCUCAGCUGUAUGGGACAGAAUGAAGGUAGCUUGGUGGCGGUGGACUUCCUAACUACUCCUGUGGUGUGUAGUCGAGAAGUAAACCACUUUCCUCCUAGACAAAGGAUAAGUGAAUACCGGGACUUGAAACAGAAGUUCACUGCAACUGUCAUUAUUUUCAUCAUCACCACUAUUCUUUGGGGAUGGGAAGGGAGAAUGGGGAAAUCCAUUGUUAAGUACACUGAUGCAUUAUGGUGUUUUGAAAUAAUAAAAUUAAAGCAGCAAAAACAUGUAUCUUAAUUUUCUUAAGAGCUGGGAAAUAUUUUCUUACUUAGUUGCAGAUUCUGCAUAAACUUUCCUUUACAUUUCAUGACUCCAGUGCUGCAUCAAAUACAUUAGGUUUCUGAUUCUGACUGCAGCUUUGAGUAUUACUUAAAGAGUGAAAACUGGAAAUUUCGUAAACAAUUUCAUAUACAAAUAAAAGAGUAUUUGGAUACUUAGAUGAUGAAUAAAGAGUAGAAGAUCUGGACUGUUCCAAAUUGCAUGUUUUAAUAACUACAUAAAGCCAUGUAAUUGUUUUCAAAUGGGCACUUUACCUGUUCAAAUACAUACUUCCUCAGAAAACUUCAGUCAAGUUUAUUCUGUUAAAGGAAGUAUAGUAUAGUAUGAAUAUUUUUAAAGGUGUGUUAGGUUGGAAAGGAAAAUAUACUCGGGCCUUAAUCUGCAAUUUAUCUUUGAACAGAAGAACAUCUGUUAGAAACAAAAUGAGUGUGAGUGACUUUUAAAACAACGUUUCUAAAAGGAGAUUAAAUUGAUAUUUAAUGGCUAUUUAUUCAAGUAAUUUAAGAGGUUUGUUUUCUGAUGUAAGAGAACUAUUCUUUUAGUAUUUUCAUGUCUUUAUUGUGUGUCCCGUAAUGCAUUCAGGACAGAACUAAGCCUUAUUUAAAGAAACUGUCAUGCAGUGCAUCUGUAUUUUGCAUCUUCACUUCAUCAACUGUACCAUAGUGAGUUUUUUUUAUAUAAUAUGGAAUUGCACAACGGUGUAUGACUACACGGUCAUACAUGUUUCUGCAUAGUAAUUAUAGUGAGACUUAUUACAGAUGUUUAUAUAACUUGGCUAAAAGGGUAUCAAAAUUGCCAAGAAAUAAGGUUGAUUUGAGUGCUUUCUAAGAGUGAUGCACAUUAAUGGUGUGCGGAUUAAAGAUUUGAGUAAUGUUUGUGCUUAAUAAGGGAAAAUUUACUUUUUUUUUAAGUCUUCCACUGUAAUAGCUUUAAAUUUGCAUGGCUUGGUAAAUCUCAGGUGCCACAUACCCCUAAAUUUAAAUUAUUCCUCCCUUUCAGCAUAUGUAUUACUUUUGAGAAGGAGUUUUUCCUGCAAAACACUUGAGAAUGGAAGGAGUAAGAGCAUCACGUUGUAGUUUCUCAGAUGGGGGGAGAAACUUCCUUCAGGAAACUUCACAACCUCAAUGGGGAACCAGCUGUACAUUCACUUCUUGAAAGUUGUGAUUUUUAACUGACAUUGGAAGCUUUUUCUUUUUUCCUGAGGGGAAAGCCCCUCAAUGUUUCAGUACCCAGAAGUCCAGAAUCCUAAGAGAAAACUACACUCUUACCCCUAUCCACUUUCCUCAUUCCUUUUUCACCUUUUUAGUGAUUCAUAUAUGUAUUUACAUAUAUAUAUAUAUAUAUAAAAAUGAAAAAUAGUUUGGGGCAAAAACCCCCUCCAUCUGAGUGGGCCAUGUAUAUAUGAGAUAGGUGAGAAGAAUGUGAGCUUGUAUGAAGCAUAUCUGAUAAAGAGCUGCUCUUCUCUGUUCUAGCGUGAAGACUGAGGCUUACUGUUUUUUGGGGUGGGAUUUUUUGUUUGUUUGUUACAUACAUUGGGUAACUUGAUACAUGUAGAUUCUGCAUUUUUCACAACUAGAUAUGGAAAAGGUACGCCAGUGUAAGGAGCGCUUCAGAAGCUUCAAAAGAACAAGUUUGCUUUAUUGAUUUUGGAAGCAUGAUGUUGAGUGCAUUAUGGAAAUUGUAAUUGCUGCUAAAUCUGGUGAAAGGUGUCACAUGCUACUUGAUGCGUUUACCGUCUUCCGUUAUGUUCCAUCUCACAUAGAUUCAAACCUGUUCUUUUCUGUGCUACUGUUAAUGAAAUAUACUACUUUGUCAUCAAACUACAAGAAGAAUCAAAUAAAUGUACUUUUCUUAA